AUGGAGUAUACACCACCAACAAUCUGCUCCUGCGGCAGAGAUUUCGCAAAUCUACAAGCCCUAGAACAACACACACGUUACUGGGGACACUCAUCUGCAUGGGAAUGCGAUCCUUGCGAGAGAAUAUUUUUGAGCUUCACGGCCAAGAAAAGCCACGAUGGAGCAAAACAUCAAAAGUCACCAUGCCCCUAUUGCAGGAGAGUUUUUAACGGUGAAACUGCGAGAAGUUUCCACGUCGAAAGCGAGCAUGCCUGGCCUUGUUGGGCGUGCAAGACUGGUUUCGCGACGAGAAAGCUGUUGGGUGACCACUUGUAUAUCGUGAAGGAGUGCCGGAGGGGGAGGAAAUGGGACGAGCAACAACAGAAGAUCCUUGAGAAUCUUGCCAGCGAAAUUCUUAGGAGUCAGCAAGCACCCUCGGCCGGCGUGAGAUCUAAUUCUGUUUCUCCUGUCGAUGAACCUGUCACCCCAGCUACUAGUACUGAGCGAGGGACGUUUACUGGUAGUUUGGGGACAAACGACACUUCGGCGUCCUCGAAUCCAUCACUUCCUCAAAAGACCAACCCUGUUGUCCUCGAAACUGCACAGCUCCCGCCACCUUGGGGAUUGACUGAAGCAGAGAUAUUCGGGAGGACUUCGAAACCUGGAUUGCAUGUGGGAAAUUCAGCUGCUGCUAGUCAAAAUAAUCAACCACUCGGAGUAGUUGAACCCAAAAGUAAACCUGCUGAAACAGAAAACCAAAGAAGACCAGUUACUCCACCUCGCUCCGAUCAAGAGUCUUAUAAAAUACCCCAGAGACGCGAUGAUGGACAGUACUCGCUGAAUUUUGAGUCAUCCACGACAAAGAACGAGGUUAAAGAUACUGCCCUUCUCACGUGCGGUGUUAAGGAUUGCUUUACACAAGGUUUGACGUUUUACUCUAAGCACCAGCUUGAGACACACAAUUCAUUCUGUCACCAAACUUUACAAGACAUUGAGAAGAAAUGUCCAAAGGCUGAAAGUUCUGAACUCAGUUCUAAAUCAACGAGCGAUUCGAAUUCGAGUCUAAGUCAGUCCUCAACGAAGCUCUACACUUGCGACGAAUGGUCUUGUCGGAAUCCGCCCUGCCAUUCUCAGCAAGAGUUGGAUGAGCACACGAAGCAAAAACACCCAGUUAUACCAAAGCCUACGGUUACCGAGCAGCGUGCAAAUGUUGCGGAAGAAGUUUCAAAAACAAAAGAUGACUUCUUUACAAAUGUAGGAGCUUCUCGUGUCGAAUGUCCGAUCUGCGGCGAGAUGUUUAGUAACGAAGACGAAUUGGGUGCUCACAAAAAAUCAGAACAUUUCAAAUUCCGAUGUCAACAUUGCAACUUGUCUUUCAACUUCAAGCUCAAUUUUCAGGAGCAUGUCAAAACUGAUCAUCCACCAUUGCAAUUCAAAUGUACAACAUGCAACGAUGUUUUCGACAGCGAGGUUAAACGACAGGACCACGACCGAGACGUCCACCCACCCCCACGGCUGGGUUGCAGCAAAUGCGAAAAAAAAUUUGUCAAGAGAAGCGAGUUGGAUCUUCAUACGGUACAGGAUCAUCCUCUUCCAAAAGUCCAACCACCGAAAUCCAGUCAGUCCUUUGGCACAGAAGCUAGCUUGAAAAAGGAUAUUCCACUUACUCGUCCACCACCGAAGCUCAAUCGCGACGAAUGUGAUGAGGUUUUCAACGACGAAGCUGAGCGGAAGCUUCAUAAGUCCCGUAAGCAUGCGGUACCGGAAUGGAAAUGCGACAAGUGUGAGCGGGCUUUUCAUGUCAAAGAGACUUUGGAAUUUCAUCAAAAAGCUUUCCAUCCACCACCGAAGUUUGCUUGCAGCGAAUGCAAUCAAGUCUUCACCGACGAAGCGGAUUUGAAUGGCCAUAAAUCUCAGAAGCAUCCAGAGCCGAAAUGGAAGUGCAACAAUUGUGUGUAUGCUUUUCAUGUCAAAGGAGAUUUGGACGUUCACCAAAAAAUCGCCCAUCCAAAACCGAAAGUCAAGUGCGGAAAAUGCGACAAGUUCUUCGACAGUAAUGCUGAACUGGCGAAACAUAUGGUCGUCCACACGUGCAAUGAGAUGGAAGAGUACGGCAGCAAGGAACGCGCUCCACGUCCAGAACAUAAGUGUCCGCAUUGCAAAACUCUACUUGCUUCGAAUGCGGAGCUGUUUGAACAUAUCACGGCGGAAGGUGUUCAUCGCUUCUCGUGUAAAGAGGAGGGAUGCAGUUCGUGGUUUUUCACGUUGGGGUUGCUGGAUGCGCAUGUUAAUAAUUGUCAUAGCUUGCUUUGA